CUCUCUCUUUCUCUCUCUCUCUCUCCAGCUGUGCUGCUUUCCUGCUUGCUUCCUACACAGAGGUGCCCAAGCCGGCUGGCUGAUUCCGGAUCUCCCCUUACCUUGUGGGAGUCUUCAAGCAUGCUUGCCAAAGAGAAGCUUUGACCUAGAACAUGGCUUGUUCCUGGCGGCCUCCAGUUUCCCUUGAAAAGGAAGUUUGAGACCUUCUCUAGCUCCAUUGCGGCCCCUUCGCGAGAACCAUGGAGGUGGUGGAUGUCCCCGUGGGAAAUCUCAUCGACUUUGACUCUGAGCCGUCUACCACGGACACCUCCGAGUCGGUCCCCACCGCUCCCUCCACCGCCAACGGCCACGCAGGGCUGGAUCUCCGCGAGGGGGCCCCCGUGGCCGAGGAGAGCGAUGCCACCGAGUCGGCCGACAGUGAGAACGACACAACCGGCUCGCCCAGCCACCCGAGCUGGAAUAACCACCGACGCUCUUCCUCGGAGUCCUACUCGUCCAACCACAGCACGGAGUCCACCCGGGGGGGAGUAGCAGCUGAAAACCGGGACUUCGUCAGCCAAUAUGUGGAGAAGAUCUUCACCGGUGGAGAGGAGUUUGACCAAGAGGAACAAGCCAGAUUCGGGGAGCUGUGCAGCGGCGAGAACGCCAAAGGCAGAGAAUGGUUCGCCAGAUACGUCAGCGCCCAGCGUUGCAAUUCCAAGUGUGUCUCCGAGCAGACUUUCUACCGCCUGGUGCAGUCCUUUGCCGUUGUGUUGUUCGAGGAGAAGUGGUGCCACAUGACGCAGGAGGAAAGGGACGAUAGCCUCCGUUUUAAUGAGAAUAUCACCUUUGGACAGUUGGGAACGUUCACUCAUAACAUGCUGGCUUUUGGGCUGAACAAGAAACUUUGCAACGAUUUCUUGAAGAAGCAGGCAGUGAUUGGCAACCUGGAUGAAG